AGAAAAUUGAUACUCCGUACGAUUACAACUUGCCCGGCAAUGCUUCUCGCAGAGUCACUGGUCUUCCUAGAACUGGAAGUAUAACCCUCGAAAUCACCAAACACCACGUUUGCUAUCUUUGAUUUUAGAUGGCUACUCACAGUGUAGCUGUGAUAAUAAAAAACCCGUUGAACCCCGCAGAAUUUCUUCUGGUGAAACAGACCCCACCCCCCAAAUUCAAUGACUCAGAGUACGACUCCUUCAUCGACUCCGACCUCUGGGACUUGCCGUCCGCUAAGCUUCGUCCGCUGACAUCGCCGCCGGCGUCUAAGGCUGUCGUCCAUGUCGAAGAUUGUGAGUUGGGCGAUUUCGGGUCCACUCAACUCGACCUCAGUUCAGCUCUUAUUCAGGUUUUGGGACAACUUGGAUUUGAUGAGGCUUCAGAGGUUAAGUGGAGAUUUCACAAGUGUGUGGAAGAGCCAGAAUAUGGACCUGGGGUACCCACAAAAACGGUCUAUAUUAUUGGAACCUUGGUUCAUAAACAUGAAAACUCAACUGAGAUUUCUAAGUGGAUGAGCAUUGAAAUGUGCCUUAACAUGCUUAUAGACGUAAAGCCCAGUGAGGACCGUAUAGGACCAUUGGUUAAUGUUGGUCUUCUCAAUGCUGCAAGAGAAUCUGGAAACUGUAAAAUCUCUCAAACUUUGAAUUUUCAGGAAUACCUUCCUGGCCUUACACUUGUGCCAAUGGGGAGUAGAACAGCGAAGCCUUUUCACACGACAAACUUAAUUGUGCUUGUACCCGAAAGGAAUCGCAAUGGAUGCGCUGAUGAUACCAUUGCUGUUCGCGGGGAAGCUUUGAUAGUAGACCCAGGCUGCAAGUCUGCUUUCUAUGAUGAGCUGAGGGAGAUUAUUUCUGUGCUGCCAAGAAAGUUAAUUGUCUUUGUAACACAUCACCAUCAUGAUCACGUUGAUGGACUUUCGGUAGUCCAGGAAUGCAACCCCAAUGCUUCUCUUUUAGCACAUGAAAAUACUAUGCGCAGGAUAAAAAAAAGGGGAUUGGUCUCUUGAUUUUAUUCCAGUAUCUGGAUCUGAGGAAAUUUGCAUUGGUGGUCACCGAUUGAGAAUCAUCUCAGCGCCGGGGCAUACUGAUGGGCACUUGGCACUUCUUCACGUGAGUUCAAACUCUUUGAUUGCGGGGGAUCAUUGUGUAGGGCAAGGAAGCUCAUUUUUAGAUAUUAAAUCAGGUGGAUCUAUGGCUGAUUACUUCCAGACAACUUAUAAAUUUAUGGAGCUUUCACCUCAUGCUUUGAUUCCCAUGCAUGGAAGAGUUAAUAUGUGGCCUAAACAUAUGCUCUGUGGAUACCUCAGAAACCGGAGAGAGAGGGAGUCAAUGAUCUUAAAAUCAAUGGAGAAUGGAGCCAAAACAUUGUUUGACAUAGUUGCGUAUACAUAUGUUCAUGUUGAUCCAAGUUUCUGGAUUCAUGCUUCAUCCAAUGUAAGGCUUCAUGUGGAUCAUCUAGCCCAGCACGAGAAGUUGCCUGAGCACUUCUCAAUUCACAAGUUUAGGAAGACUUGUGGAUUGCAUUUUAUAAUGCAAUGGUUGUGGGCAUAUGUAUGCAAUACAUUCUCAAUAAAGCUGCAGAUGCUGAGAAACCUCUUUCUAUAUGGUGCUGUUGUUGUCGUUGCUGGUCUGGCUAUGCUCUUCACUAUAAAAGAGGCACGAGUGAAGGAAUGAACUCUUCUUUUUUUUGUGAGUAGAUUGUACAAUGCUGUGUAAGGACUAGUUCCCCACGGUUAUGUUUCAUGUUGUAUGUACAAAUAUAGCCCCUACAUUUUGAGAUGUAUAAAUAUUAUUUAAGGAAAAUUACCUAUAAUUUAAUAAAAUUGCAGAAUAAAUUUGAUUGAAUAA